GCAAGCCAUUCACCGACUUCAGCUUUAGCGUCUACGUGUGCUCAUACAGACCCUGGGAGUGUCACUUGCUUGCAAAAAGACCGAAAUUCAUCGCAAGCAUCAUGGGCUGCGGCACAACAACAAUUAAAUAUCUCCUGUUCAUCUUUAACCUGAUAUUUUGCCUCGGAGGCCUCGUCAUUCUUGUUCUUGGCGCUGUGAUUCAAUGGAAUAUAAACUUUUAUGAGGCCACUCUAUCAGAAAAGGUCACGGUGCCUGCGAUAGUGCUGAUAGUCGUUGGAAGCAUAAUUUUCUUUACUUCUCUCCUUGGAUGCUGCGGUGUGUUGCAAGAAUCAAAUUGCAUGAUCACCACGUUUGCAGUUAUUUUGAUAAUAUUAUUUUUGAUUCAAAUCGUCGGAGGAGCUCUCGCAUUUGCCUUUCAAGAUGAAUUCAACGAAUUUCUGAGAACUAGCUUGAAGAACUCCAUGAAGCAAUAUAACGAGCCGAACGCAGAAGGAGAAAUUGCUCGGCAAUACUGGGACACAAUCCAAAAAGAGUUCAAGUGCUGUGGCGUGGACGGGCCGACCGACUGGACGAUAACUCUGUCAAACAAGGGUAUUCCUCCAGCAUCGUGCGGCUGUGAUGAGCUUUUUGGAAACGGCUGCCUUGCCGGUAUCUACACCAAAGGCUGCUAUUCAAAGCUGAGUCAAUGGCUAAAAAUGACGCAAAACGUGCUAGGUGGAGUUGCCAUAGGCGUUGCAGCUGUAGAGUUGAUUGGAGCUGUAUUUGCCCUGUACUUUGCCAGCUCGAUCCGAAGGCGGUAUGGAUCGUAGAUGAGCGUCUAUUGAGACAUGUAACCAGGAAUAAUUAAUUCAUUUUUUAAAUAUAUUACUUUUUAUAUAUUAUGUGCACUGCCAAUCAUAAUUCUUACAUAAUAAAUUGUGCUUGUGAAGCAAUAA